AUGAAAGUGUCGUGGGCGAGACAGGCCGCGGUCUCCGGCCUCGUGGCCGUCGCCGUGGCAGACAUGUUGCCGCUCGAUGACAUCCCUCUCAUGUGUGUGACCAUCUGCGGCCCAAUUGUCGAGUUGACGGCCAGAUGUGAUGUUCACCAACAUCGCCUUGCGAAGCGAUAUGCAGAGUCAGAGUGGGUUCCAAAGCUGGCCGUGGAGCCCCCUGAAGCCGACGACCUGCACAAGAGAAGCUUCUCCAUCAUCAAAGCUGCACCGACGUCUUUUCCUCCCCCGUACGGGCCUGAGGAGGAGAGCACCUCGCUGUCAACCACGAUUCCCACCACGACGAGAGCAGAACAGACGACUGUUGUGGAGCACCAUGUCACGUCACUACUCGACGCAACAACAUCCUCGCUUAUCAGAUCGACAACGAUAAUCCAGCCCACAAAGUCAAGACCCGCAGAUGAAUCUUCGACGAUGAGCGGCACGAGCUGGGGCGCCAGUAUGCAGACGGAAACAGCAGUGCCCCAAACCGACCCCGAGAAGGAAUGCGUCUGCAAGAACAAGAGUUUCGACGUAGCCAAGAUCGCAGCGCUCUGCCAAGACUGCAUCGUGGUAGACGGCCACAAGCAAAACAACAUGGACAUCAUCAUGCAAGCAUGCGGCUUUGCGAAGCGCACUUACACGCCCGACCAGGACAGUGUGGCGGAUAACGUCAAGGUCGAGGCGACACAGUCGGCUGCUAUGGGCGCAAAAGAUGCCCCUGCGAAUGCGGGUGUUGGAGUAGAAUCCGCUGGUAGGAUCUGGGUUGCUUUGUUUAGUGUGCUCCUGGGAAUUGGCAUGGCGAUAUGA